CUGUGGACUUCUUUAACCAGAUCAACAUGCUCUACGGUACUAUCACGGCUCACUGUACAACUGAGUCAUGCCCUGUCAUGAGUGCUGGACCAAAGUACGAGUAUCACUGGGCCGAUGGUACGACCGUCAAGAAGCCCAUCAAGUGCUCAGCACCCAAGUAUAUCGACUAUCUCAUGACCUGGGUACAAGAACAACUAGACAAUGAGAACAUCUUCCCCUCCAAGAUUGGGCUUUGGCAACGUGGGGCUCCACUCUUGUCGCUACCUCCACAGAGAGGGAGCUAAGUGCAUGGGCGUGAUGGAGAGAGAUGUAUCCAUCGUUAACAGGGAAGACGGUAUCGACCCGAAAGAAUUGGAGGAUUACAAAUUAAAUAACGGAGGCUCCAUCAAAGGAUUUCCAGGAGCACAAGAAACGACUGAGAACUUACUGACAGCAGAGUGUGAUAUUCUGAUACCAGCUGCCGGAGAGAAGCAGAUCACGGCAGAAAUAGCUGAGCAAAUACAAGCCAAGGUGGUGGCAGAAGGUGCCAAUGGUCCCACUACUAUUGCUGCUGAGAAGAUUCUGAUGGAUCGCAACAUUAUGGUCAUCCCUGACCUGUUUGCAAAUGCUGGAGGAGUGACUGUGUCCUAUUUUGAGUGGCUCAAGAAUCUCAACUAUGUCAGUUAUGGACGGUUGACCUGGAAACACGAGGAAGACUCCAACAAUCAUUUACUAGACAGUGUCCAGCGUAGUCUAGAGGCCAAGUUCUCUGGAGGUCGUGCUGGGUCUAUCCCCAUCACAGCCACCCCUGCAUUCAGUGCUCGCAUUGCUGGAGCUAGUGAGAAGGACAUCGUCAACUCUGGUCUAGAAUACACCAUGGAGAGAUCUGUCAAGCAAAUCAUGCGAGCUGUUCGUGAGUACAACCUUGGUCUGGACCUGAGGACCGCUGCUUAUGUGUGUGCACUGCAGAAGAUCUACACAGUCUACCUAGCGGCUGGCAUCACCUUGUAGCUGCAUAGAGAACACCUGAUAGUGAACAUUGUACCUUCCUACGUGCUAGCUUAUUUUUUGGUAUGUCUGUGGCUUUUAAACACUACAUGUAUGAUUGUAGUUUAGUGAAUUGGUUUAAUCAGGUUACUCUUGGUAAAAGAUACAUCGUAUCUUGUUUCCUUUUUCUGUUUUUGUCACACAAUAAGAAAAAAAUAUGGGAGGAACAAAGAA